AUGAACGAAGAUCAAGAAAAAGCUUAUGUUGCACUGUUAAACAACCAAAAUGUUUUUCUAACAGGAAAGGCUGGCACAGGAAAAUCAUUUACAAUCAAUAUCAUCUACGAACGUUUUAUAAAAUCAAAAAAAAACAUAUGUAUAACGGCAAGUACGGCUAUCGCUGCGCAAAUGUAUUCCGAUGCAAGCACUGUUCACUCGUUUGCUGGCCUCGGCUAUCGUCUAGAAUCCGUAGAAACCAUUUUGAAAAAUAUGACAGACGUCGUAAUAGAACGUUUAAAAAAUGUUCAAAUUUUGGUUAUAGACGAAAUAUCAAUGUUACCAGUACACGUGCUAAAAACAUUAAAUAUGAUUUUAAAAAACAUUAAAAAAUCACAUCGUCUAUUUGGAGGAUGCGUAUUGCUCGUUGCCGGAGAUUUUUACCAGCUGACGCCUGUUGGCGAAGAAACAUUGUUAUUCGAAGACCCUUUCUGGAACGAAUGCGAAUUUGUUAAUGUAGAACUUGUGAAAAACUUUAGACAAAACAAAGACCUCAUCUUUCAAACGCAUUUGAACAACGUGCGUGAGGGCAUCUUUUGCGAAUCCACUUUGGCUUUUUUUAGGAAAAGGCUAGAACCUGCCGAUAAACAUUUAGAUCCGAGUUACACAAGUUUUAAACACAUUCUUACUGCACAAUUAAAAAAAGAAAUAGAGAAAUAUCGAGUGCGAGGUAAAGGAGAAACUUUAUAUCGAAAUGAACAUGUUUAUGAAUGGUAUGAAGAUGAAUAUAAUUGGCGUAAAUAUGAAGAUGAUUAUUAUUCAGCUUGGUAUCGCAAAGAGUUACAAAAAAAACACUAA